AUGAUAAAAUACGAAUACAGCCAAUACAACUGUACCUUCCUCUUCCGUCUCAGGGGCAGUGUGUUCCCCUUUGCCUUCGCGGUCGCCUUUCCCUGUAGCAUUGCUGCCUUCUUGUUGAAGUUCUUCUCACUCGAUGGCACCGUGGAUUUCACUCAAUGGGAAAUGCUGUCGGGAAAUGGUGGGUCGGCUGCUUGGAGUGGCUUUAACUUCUUGGUUGGAUUCGUGAUCGUGUUCAGGACUUCGCAAGCCUACACCCGAUUCUGGUCUGCAUUGGGGGAUACGCAUCAGAUGAUGGCAGCAUGGCUGGAGGCUGCUAGCAGCCUCGUGGCUUUCUCUAGGAGUUCGCCUGCUGACCCGCUGUUAGUCGAGAAUUGGCUCCAUACUGUGAUGCGACUUUUCAGCUUGCUUUCUGCAUCGGCACUACAAGAACUUACAGACGUGGCAUACCACCACACGUGGGGUCUUCCAACAUUGGAUGCUUCCGCCAUUGAUCACCAGAGCAUCGAGACGUUGGACAGCUCAAGCUGCCGGGUUGAGCUGCUGUAUUAUUGGAUUCAGAUAUUUGUAAGCGACGGCUCGCACCAUGGGAUCCUAAUCACGCCGCCCCCGCUUCUGAGUCGGACAUUGGCAGAACUUGCUAAAGGCAUGGACAGGUAUCAGGAUGCGAUGAAACAUUCCAAGGUUCCCUUCCCUUUCCCGUAUGCACAAACCACUCUGACCUUACUGAUUUUUCACUGGAUCCUGACUCCGCUCGUCAUGGUACAGUGGUCGGCAUCUACAGCAGGAGCAUGCAUCUUCACUUUUGUCCAAGUCUUCACCCUUUGGUGUUUGAAUGCAACUGCUGUCGGCUUCGAGCGGCCUUUCGGUGGGGAGCUGAAUGAUAUCGAUCAUCUGGAAUUACAAAUGAACAUGAACAAGAGCAUCAUUAAUUUGAUGGAGCCUCGCACGCGCAGAACUCCGUUUAUACCCUCCUCGACCUAUCUGGAUAUCGAUGUCCUCCGAAAGCGGGACACUAUUCAUGCUGCAGCUUUGCACCAGGAAGGCUGGCAAUUGAAAGACAUGUCAGAUGAUCGGCAUCAAUUUCUGCGAUGUUGCAGCCGAUCGCGGGCGCGCAGUGCUCGCAGCACUAUCGCGGUUUCUACGCGCUACAGUAGCAAACGCUACGGUUUUAUUGAUGGGGAGAGGACGGCUGUGCUUACAAUUGGCAUUGUGGGAUCUGAUCUGUGCCUGGCUUUGCCAGCUCUUCCCGGAGAUGUGCGGAGCACUUUCGAGGUGCUGAAUGUCCGCGGUCAGCCAUGCACCAUGCGGUUCAAGCGGAUACCCAUUCAGGAUCGACAUCUUCUGCACAAGGUACCAGAUCCGAGCUGGAGUGAUGACUAUUUAGACUUCCCAGUGGACUACAUGUUUGCCGCAGAGACCCUCGCCAAAGCCUACGAAACACAAAAGUUCAAAGGAAGCUUGGCUUCGGUGAAGGCCCAGGGCACGGAAGAAGGCGAUGCGAAGGUCAUCACCCGCGGGGUCUCCCAGCAUUUGAUCAGCGAUGAUCUGGCUGACACGCCGCGGGACAAGGCAACCUCAGUCUGCCCAGAGGCGAAAGCCGCGUUGCCUGGUGCUGUGCAGGAUGUUGAACAGGAUGUGUCCGGAGACCAGAGAUCGCGACCUUGUCCUUCCAGUAUACCGUCGGGAACCGGUGAGCCUCCCAUUCAUGAGGCGCAGUCAAGUGCUGCCGAUGAGGGCAAGCCCACGGAACCUCCCGAUGCUGCUGCAGAUUCCCGCGCGCCGGAAUCUGCGGAGCCAGUGGAGAGCAAGAUCGUUUCGCAAAUUUCGCCUCGCAAAGAAGGUCCACAGGACAUGGUCCUGCCGUGGGGUGGCGAGGCUGCAGCAGAAGAGGAGCUUCC